CGGGCCCCGCCCCUCAGCCGACGUCACCCGAGCUCCGCAUCUGCUGCAGUCGCUGCGGGGAGGAGGCGGCGGCGCGAGCGCGGCAGAGAUGGCGUCCGCUACCGACUCCCGCUAUGGGCAGAAAGAAUCCUCGGACCAGAACUUCGAUUACAUGUUCAAGAUCCUGAUCAUCGGCAACAGCAGCGUUGGGAAAACCUCCUUCCUGUUCCGGUACGCCGACGACUCCUUCACGCCCGCCUUCGUCAGCACCGUCGGCAUCGACUUCAAGGUCAAGACCAUCUACCGGAACGACAAACGCAUCAAGCUGCAGAUCUGGGACACGGCCGGGCAGGAGCGGUACCGCACCAUCACCACCGCCUACUACCGCGGGGCCAUGGGCUUCAUCCUCAUGUACGACAUCACCAACGAGGAGUCCUUCAACGCCGUGCAGGACUGGUCCACCCAGAUCAAGACCUACUCCUGGGACAACGCCCAGGUGCUGCUGGUGGGGAACAAGUGUGACAUGGAGGAUGAGCGCGUGGUCUCCUCGGAGAAGGGCCGCCAGCUCGCCGAGCACCUGGGGUUUGAGUUUUUCGAGGCCAGCGCCAAGGACAACAUCAACGUGAAGCAGACCUUCGAGCGGCUGGUGGACAUCAUCUGCGAGAAGAUGUCGGAGUCGCUGGACACGGCCGACCCCGCGGUCACCGGGGCCAAGCAGGGCCCCCAGCUCACGGACCAGCAGGCCCCCCCCCACCAGGACUGUGCCUGCUAGGGGCCAGCCCCCCCCCCCAAAACCCCCCAAAAACCGGUCAGUGCACCCCAAUCCCCCCCCCCCCCGCCCCCCCCGAGCUCCUCCUCUUGGGGGUCCCACGGGGGCUUUUGCUGCUGAUACCUCCGAAAGGGCUGCGGCCCCUCUAGGAGCCCCCCCCCCCCGAUUCAUUAGGCUGUGCCCCCCACCCCUUAAUUUAUUUUUAAGCCUGGGCUGGUAGAAAACCCCCCCCCCCCCCCCAUUCUGCUUUUAAUCACUGUCAAGAAACCAUCACCCCCAGCUCCAUCCCUCCCUGGUGUCCCCCGCCCCGUCCUGGCACUCCCUACCCUGGAGACCCCCCCUGCCCUGGUACCCCCCUGCCCUUUUUCCUGCUCUGGGACCCCCUGCUCUGGGGAUUCCCCUGCCCUGUUCUGGAACCCCCUGUCCUGGGGAUCCCCCUACCCUGGGACCCCCUUCCCAGUGUGUGGGUGCUGUGACAGGACCCCCAGUUCCCCCCUCUGCCCCCCUUUACCCCGAGAGCUCCUGGUGGAGGGGGCUCUUUGUGCCCGGCUUCCCUGCCCCUCCAGCUGGAUGGAUAUUUCCUGACUCUUGUUUAUUUGUAUAAAUAGAUGCUAAUUUAUGCUCCCGCCGUCUUCUUCCUUGUACAUACAGAAAUUCCUUGUAAAUAGGCGUAGGAAGUGACGCUGUGCGCGUGACCUGCUGUGCUGUGGCCGUGGUGGUGCAUUUAUAUAUAUAUAUAUAUAUAUUCUGAAUUUUUUUUUUCUUCUGUUUCGUUUUGUUUCUCUCUCUCUCUCUCAGUGUGGUAACCUUGCUUGUGAAUAUCACUUUUAAAAAAAAACCAACGACAACAACAACAAAAAAAACCCUAACCCCACCAAAACCAAAACUCUUAUUAUUUAAAUAAGAUUUAAAAAGAAAAUGAAUUCAAUUCAUCAGCGAGGCCGAGCCACCUGGAGCGAAUCGGCCCCGGUUUGGGGGAGCCUGGGUUGGGCUCGUGGAGGGGGGUGAGCAGGGCUGGGAGCGUGGCUGGUUUGCUCCAGGGAUUUGGGAUCUCGUGUUCCUGUAGUUCCGUGCUUCUGUGGAGACUGUGAAUAAGUGGAUAUUCCCGUAGCCAUGACAGAGCUGCCCUUUAUUUAUUUCCCCUGGAGCGCUGUGUCUUCAUUUUACAGAUUUCCCUCUAUUUUCCCUCCCCCCACCAUGAUUCCAUCUCCUUCCCUCUCCCCUUCCCCUCUCCCCCCCUUUUUUGUGAAGUUUACUUAUGGAAGAGUUACACUGUACUGUACAAAUGUCAAAAGUGUCAAAAAGAGUACAAUUUCCUAAAAAUCACUGUAUUAAAAGAAAUGUUGUGAAGAAAUAAACCGAUGCUGAUCAGAA